AUGUCUCUUCAAACACAAGAGAGCUGUGCUGCCGCUCACAGGAGUUUGGAAUUCUUCAACCUGCUCAAUUCAAUAGACUAUUUCCGUUGUAAUAAUCCGCUUGGUCGAUUGCUCCUUCAGGACAUAGCGGAUGGCAAAGUUCCAAACAUGGACGGAGCAGAUCGGCACCACGUUGGCGUCAUCUUGGAAUAUUUCCGAGCCCAGAUCGCCGUCGCAACUCGUCCUCGCGCAACCAGAGCAAAUUACAAUCGUAAUCCGUGUCAUGCAUGUGUCAAUGGGAAAACAAAGUGCGUUCCGAUCGAACCCAAAGACGGGGAGUAUCUCUGUCGACAAUGCAAGAAGUUUGGAUUAGAUGUGUGCCAUAAGUCAAACACGGACAAUCCGGAGAGAGAGAAGUCGGUAACUAUGCUGGAUAUCAUUCCACCUGCUUUUUCCUCUCUAGGGUCUGGUUGGAACAAUUACGACUCAACCUCGGUCCAUCCGCACUCCUCCCCAGUAAAUGAGGCCUCAGGACAGAAUGGACUCAUCAGUAGUACUAUGAAUCCGAGUGGCCCUUCCAACAUUGGCUAUUGCAUGGGAUCCGGUACUUCCACUGUUGGGAUGCAUGCUACUCAGCAAGAUUUUGUUUCUCCAACCUUCUUCCACUCAAAUUUCAGCAAUAUGGGGCACAACAAUUCAAAUAUGCCCUGCCGGGUGAUCAGCCAGAAUUUGGAGGUAAAUCCACCAUUUAACUACGAGGGUCAAGGUCCUAGUCUCUUGUACAACCCCGGAUCAACUGAAAGCUUGACUGCUUUCCACAACAACGAGUAUACCAAGCAUUCAUUUGAGAAUUUCUCGGCAGAGUCGUCUACAAGCAACCUAAAGUUUCCUUACUCUGACUACAAAUCUUAUGGUAGCGGAGAGAUGUAA